AUGACGUGUAGAGUAGUUCCAGGUCGGCUGAAACAGAUUGAUGCCGGUGCUGGCCAGGUCGUUGGGGUAUCGGACAACAAUCUGAUCUACAGUCUGCAGCACGAUGAAUGGAACAGGCUGCCAGGAGUCCUCAAACAUGUCAGUGUAGGAUCUGCUGGGAUUUGGGGAGUCAACCCCGGUGAUGAAAUCUUCAAGCUGGUGUCUGGAAAAUGGACCAAGGUUCCAGGGUUCCUUAAACAGAUCGAUGCUGGAGGAGACCAGAUCAUUUCAGGUGUCAAUAGUGCAGACCAAAUUUUUUGCCUUGGGAAGGAUGCAACAGUUGGAUUCAAAGGAGCAGGCAGCCCCACACCUUGGCAGCACAUUCCUGGAGGUCUAAAAUACUACAGCUGUGGUCCAAUUAGCUGCUGGGGUGUUAAUGUACACAAUAGUGUCUUCAUAAUGAAGGGUGUAAGUUCUGCCCGUUGUGGAGGCACAAUGAGUUGGACACAUGUUCCAGGCUCCUUGUCCAUGAUAGAGGUGGGAUCAGAUGGAAGUGUUUAUGGAGUCAACUCAGCAGGCUACAUCUACCGGAGACCAGGCUCCAAGAAUGUUAAGCCAGACGCCCUGUCCCGACAGUUCGCUUCUGAUUCUCCACUGGACCAGGAUGAGCCUAUUCUUCCUCCUCACUGCCUUGUUGCGGCGGCUCAGCUGGAUAUAGAGACCAUAGUCCAACAGUCUCUCGCUCAGGAUCCAGGACCAGGAGAAGGAGGCAUCUGUUCCAUCUGCUCAGGCCUUCAUUCGCCGCUGUCGCAGGAUAUGGGCACGGGCCAGGCAUCACUUACUGAGGGCAUCGCAGUUACGACCUCUUGUCUCGAGUCCUCUUUCUCCUCCCACCAAGGCUCCACCAGCACCUAA